AUGUCAACAUCGUUUGUUGUAAUUUCAGGCGGUUCCGCCUGUAAUUACGUCGCGCGCGCUUUUCAUGAAAACAGCAAGAACAAUGUGUGCUACGUGUUGGGAAUAGCCGACAAUGGAGGAUCAACCAGUGAAAUUCUCAGAGUAUUGGGAGGUCCCAGUAUCGGUGAUCUUCGUUCACGAUUAACCAAGUUGAUGGAUAUUAUGGACGAUACACAAACACCUGAACGACGUGCGAUCAAAGAACUAUUAAGUCACCGACUUCCAGCCAAUGCACCUGAACAAGCUGUUAAAGACGAAUGGGCAAGUAUCGUCGAGGGCCGCCAUCGAUUGUGGGAUUCUAUUUCGGUUGAGAAGAAAGAAGCGAUCAGGGGGUUUCUGACGAGUUUCAACUUUGAAAUUUUGAAAAGAGCGCAUAAACGAUUCAAAUUCUGCAACGGCAGUAUCGGCAAUUUCUUCUUAACGGGGGCUCGCUUGUUUUUCGGUUCACUGGAAGCCGCCUUAUUCUUGUUCUCUGCCAUCACGGGCAUUUCAGAACCUACAACCGUGGUACCGGUCAUUAACACUAAUCACACAGCCACCAUCGCCGCCCUCUUGGAAAACGGUGAUACGUUGGUAGGACAAUGCGAAAUUUCACAUCCAUCGCCAUCGAGCCGAAUCUCCAAAAAUUGUGCCGCACGAAAACGAACGAAUCCUAUCGAUGCUUUUACUCACUUGACCGAAGAUGACGACGAAGCUUUCUUUGAAGAAUCCAACAACUUGUGCUUCUCAAAAGAAGCAGGAGAAAAAUUGGUCUCCCGCAUCCAACGCAUCCAUUACAUUAAUGAAUAUGCUCAAGAAAUCUACCCGAUCCCCAAUCCCAAAGUUAUCAGUCAUCUCUCACAAAAACAGACCCUCGUCUACUCGAUUGGAUCGUUGUAUACGUCCAUCGUUCCAUGCUUGGUCCUGCGCAACGUCGGCAACACCAUCGCUCACUCCACCUCUCUUCAGCAUAAAAUAUUUUUAUUGAACGGUUCGAACGAUCGUGAGACCACCGAUUAUACCGCUCUCGAUUUCAUCCAAACCGUCACGCUGGCGCUGAACGAAAGUCAACGCAUUGAUGCCCGUCGUGCAUUUUACCAAUCCAGUAUGGCAGGUUCGCCGACGCUUCAUUAUCCUCCUUUUCCUGAUAAUCUUUUUUUCCCAAGCCCGCCUUCAUCUUUCAUCACCCAUCUCAUCUACCUUCAUAACAGCGCCGUCUCCGUUGACCUCCAACGCAUUGAAAAGCUCGGUAUUCAAUGCAUAAAAAUCCAAGGCAUUUGGUCGGAUGACGGUUUACCUGUGUAUAGCGAAUCCGCCCUCACCAAAGCCAUUCAAUCCAUUGUAUGUAAAUAG